GUCCAGCGUAACGUUAUAAAGCGUCGGCCGCGGUGACGUCCGAGUUGGCCAGUUAUCUGACACCCUUCUGCUUUCCACGAUCUCAUCCAUCUCUUCGCAUCUCUACUGCCUGGCAGCAUGGCUUGGCUGAUUUUGGCAUAUCAACAAGAGUCGUCUUCUUCAGACAAGCGCGGCGAGAAGGGAAAACGCACGCACACCAUGGCUGUGAACCCCACGAUUCCGUACUAUGCUCCAGCCGAGGAGCUCCCGGCACCUCUGCCAACCGUGGAAGAAGUCCUUGCCGCCAAGAGCCUGUCUCCCACGCGAUACAGACCCCUGUCCUCCACAUCCGCGAGCACUACGCUGUCAAGUGGGGGCGCAGGAGUCAGGACCAAUGUGCAGGAGGGGCUCAACAUGCUUUCCGUUGCGCAGUCGACCAGUAUCCCCGUACCCAAGGUGUACGCCAUCUCCGAGCACGAGUUUGAAGGGUACCCCAUCUCCUUCAUCGUGAUGGAGUAUAUCCCCGGAAAGACGCUCUCGAGUGUGUGGAAGUCCAUCGACCAGGACAAGAAGCGAGAGAUGGCUAUAACGCUCCGCGCCUACAUGGACGAGCUUCGCAGCCUCCAUCGUAGUAGCUGGUGAAAUAUCGGGGUCACACAGGUUAGGUUGAGUUGCUUGAAGGGUCUGAGUCCCUGGGAGGCUCCGAAUCAUUAUGUACACAGAGAGCCUGUUUCCCAGUCUUCUGCCCCUGCACCGGCUGUACCGGUACCUCCUGUGCCUCCCUGGCUUAUGGUCUCUGUCCCUGAUUGCAGCAGUAGCCGCCAAAAAAAGAAAAAA